AUGAAUGCGAAAAAAAGCAAGCUGCUGCUGAACUUACCCGAGGCAUUUGUGAUGAAGCACGACGUGGAGAUUCGCCCACUCGUCAAAAAACUGCGAGAUGUUAAGAAAAACAAUGCGAUUUAUGCCGUAGCAGCGUCAAGCCUAUCUAUCGCUCGAAGUCAAAAUAAACGAUUCCGGUCAGUCGAUACGGGCAUAGAGGUGGCAUGGGAAUAUGAAGACGGAGUCAAGAAAAUGUUCAUACACCACAUUAAAGAGUUUGCCGUACAACUCACCACACUUGGGGACGCUCCACAGGUAAAGGUUAAUACAUUUGGAGUGACUGUGCGACCGAGGGCACCGAACUUGAAUCAGUCGCGAUGGACUUCAUCUCGUAGUCGCUUGACUCGGUCCAAUACGUUUACAUCAAUGCCUCGACCUAAAGAUAUUUUUUCGUCAUCGACUGUUUCUGAUUCCCAACGCACAAAGUGUGAGCCACUCACUCAGCCACGGCUGCAGCGGUUCAUGUCGACGCAAAGUUCUAUGGCUCGAACGUUGAGAAUUGGUGGAUUGGCUGACAGUAAUUCUGGAACGUACGUCAUCGACACGCUCCAUCUCCGCCAGGCAAUGCGAGAAUGCGGGGUAAACGUAUGCUUCUUGCCGCUCGUAUUUCUCUACUUGAACAAGCGUGACCAGCUAGGUGUCCAAGCUCUCGUUGCCAGUGAAAUUGUAGCCAGGCUAGCGAAGAACCUUUUCCGAUACCGCAUGCUCAACGAAGACACCGGAAAGACAAGUCGUUGGAAAUCCAGAAAGUCGCGCUUGAUCAAGUUUAUUGAUUCUAUCAUGCACGGGUUAUUCCACAAAAAUCUUCCCGAUGGUCGAUGCACCAUUAAAGAGUGCUAUGGGGACCAGUUCUGGAACAUUGAUGGGCCGAUCUUGUAUUUGUUGGGUGUGUUUUCAUCAAGUUUUGCAAUGGAUGCAAAAGUAUUAGUGGACUCUCCAAAUUCUUGCCUGGAGACAUAUCGCGAUCUCCUCAAGGUGAACCCAGCAAUUCUUUUCAGCAGCUUGAUGCAUGUUUUUCAGGCUCGAUUGACCAAGUCGAUCCUGCCCGAGCUGCACGAAGAUCGGUUCGUGUCGAUGCCAUUCCUGCGAACUGAAGACGACCUAACGUUCAAUUACGAAGAAGACGACCCAAAGCUUGCCUUGCGGAUCCAUCAAGAUCUGCUUCGGAAGGACCAGACAAGCAAGAUUAAGCUUGGUGUCCGGACAGCACAAACAACGUGGGCUCAAUACUAUCGGACGUUGUCGCAAAUUUUUCGUCAGAUUCUACUUCACCCACAGCUCACGCGUUUGGAAAAAGCCAUUCAGUCCUGGCAAGACCUGACUGCAGUACGAGAACAUCUGAGGUUAGCACUACGCACUGCUGCAGUUUCUUUAUACCAUCCGUCCGACAGUAGUGAGACGUCCGCUAUUAUUCGAGAGCAUUGUAGGUUCGCUUACCUUCGAAUGGCUUCCAGCAAAGCGCUUUUCCCGAUUGAGUACAAAUUAGCCCUGCGCUGUCUUGAGUUAGUUAGCACUGGAGAGGAAUUGGCAAAGGCCAUGGAAGAGAACGAUGAACUUCUGGAGUGGAUGAGAUUUUUUUAUCGGCCAGCCAACCCGUCACAAUUUGCCAAGGGGUCGUCAUCUCAUCCCGUGUAUUCGAUUCAGUACUCGACAAAUGGCACAAAGCUGGAAGGCAAGAUACAAGACCACUCGAUGUUUUCUCUACGAGAACAGUUUCAGCGGCAGCAAUUGCAACAAUCCUGGAUGUCGGUCAUGCCGAAUGUCGACGCCUACUGUCGGCGAAUAGAGGUGAUGCGGCGUGAUCCAGUUGAUGUUGCGGCGGCGCGAGCGAUGUUGUGCGAAAUGGGACUUGCAUCUCCCGCACCUUUAGAGUCAAUGAGCCCUUCUGGUCAAUAUGACGGCGUAGAUAAUUUUAUUGUCAUGGGUUUGCAUCCAGAUGCUACACGGGCCGAGAAGUAUCAAGCUUCGUUCAGCUCCAACCCCGAAAAUUCGAAGAUGCCAUCGUCGACUUACUCGUCGAGAAGAGAUACACUCUAUUUUAUCGAGUGCUUCUUCUUGCCUCCUCUUGCCAAUAACUCGUUAUUAGUAGCUGGAGAUGCACUUGUGAACAAUGAGGAGAUCUCGAGUCGGAUGACCAGUGUUCGGGCAGACAUUAUUGAUGAAGGAUCUGUGCCUGGACUUGCUGUGGCGUGGGGAAAACCUUUGGGAAUGCCGUUAGCUGAGAAAGAAAAUGGAAUUGAGACUUCAACGGUGUCACUGCGACCAAAGAAAGAGAACGCACCGACAAUAAGCAUGGUGUCGUUCCUACCACCGUUGCGCCGAGUUGUUCAGAUAGCGUGCGGUUACCAAUACACCGCUCUUGUUACAGAUGACCGGCACUUGUACACGUUUGGGCACGGCAAAUGUGGUCGUUUGGGCCAUGGCACAGAAGAAGCCUGUACGGAGCCGAGAGUCGUGGGAUAUUUUGCCAGUUUGAUUGCGGCUGAGGGUGUUGAUGUUGGUGGAAUUCUUGAUGUAUCAUGCGGUCGUAAACACACAAUGGUAGUGACUGCAAGCGGCGACUUGUACGGCUUUGGAUCGAGCAAAGCUGGUCGUCUUGGCACAUGCAAAACUGGUAGCAGUUUGUACCCUUCUCGAGUAAUGGACCUGCAAAACGUUGCAGCUGUGGCUUGCGGUCGUAAGCACACACUAGCUUUGACGAGAAAGGGUCGGGUAUUUUCUUUUGGCGCUGGCCUAGGUGGACGUCUUGGAAAUGGCUCAGAGAUAGACGAAGGGCAGCCAUUUGCCGUUAGUGGGAUGGAAGGCUACAGGAUUACGGCGAUCGAUGCAGGAGAAUGUCAUUCAUGUGCACUUAGUAACGAGGGCGAUGUCUUUACAUGGGGCUUGGGCAGCUCUGGUGCACUAGGCCAUGGCAAUCGAGACAAUUGUUUAAAGCCGCGACAACUGGAAUGUCUAUGGACUAGAAGUCCCCGCGUCAAGUGUGAUGGAGACAAUCUAACACGUGCGGAGUCCGUUGUUGCGUUUAUUGCGUGUGGAAGCUAUCACACGCUGGCAGCUACUAGUGACGGGGAGCUUUAUGGCUGGGGUGAUGCUACUGCCGGACAACUAGGAGAUGAGUAUGUCUCGAUACCAGAUAUGGUUGUGCUCAUUCCAAAGAGAAUUAGCGUGCCCACGAGCUCAGGGAUUCGCAGCAUUGCGUGCGGAACCUUUACUUCAGCUGUGUGUACGAAGGAAGGCCAACUUUUCUUGUGGGGGUCACCAGCUGCAGGAAAUGGUGAUCCAUUAGAAAUUGAAGACGCGCGCGUCAAGCAAAUUGAGGCGUUGAGUGAAUUCAAGUUUUCUCAGAUUGCAUGUGGAGAAAAUCACGCCGUAGCCAUCACUCGGAAGCUCGCAUACUACUGA